AUGUCGGAUGAUGAAGAAGAGGACUGGAUGACUAGGCAGAGAAGGGAGGAAGAAGAAGAGGAUAUGCUGGAAGAAGGAUCGGUUGAUGCUGUGGAGGAUCCUUUAUGCCCUUCGUUCAAGUUGUCGAGAGAGCAACACAAAGAGGAUUGUAAACAAUGGAGGAAAGCGCUGAUUAUUAAGCUGCUGGGGAAGAGAAUGGGAGCUAGGUUUCUAAUGGCUCGUGUGAUCAGAAUGUGGAACCUGAUGGGUGUGUAUGAGGUUAUUGACAUGGAUAAUGGGUAUCUGGUGGUUAGAUUCCAGGAAGACAGUGACUACAAUCAUGUGCUCUAUGAAGGACCAUGGAUAGUUGCUGAUCAUUAUCUAACUGUGCAAAGAUGGAGGCCUUUAUUUAACUCGUAUGAUGAUCAGUUGAAGAAGUUGGCUGUUUGGAUCAGAAUACCAGGGCUGCCCUUGGAGCUCUAUACUACCAAAAAUCUUUGGAAAAUUGGCAGUAUAUUUGGGAGAACACUUAAGAUAGAUAAGAAUUCUAUAAGAAGGAAUGAGUAUGGAGAUGGGGAUGUAACAGAAAGGGCCAAAUUUGCCCGUAUCUGUGUUGAGGUGGAUCUUAGGAAAAGUUUCCUAUCGAAGUUCUAA